CUCUAUAAAAACUCUCAAAGACCAGCAACUCAGACAUUGGCCAUUCUGGGCACGGUGCUCAACUUACUGGCUGCCGUUGCUAGACCGAUUGCCGAUGAAGGACGCGGGCUUACCAUUUUCUUGACUAUUUUCUAUUUGGUUGCUGCAUUACUCUGCUUUUCCGGGUUUUAUGGCGUUCAGAAGAAUAAUUUCAAACUCGUCAAAGUCUUUGCCGUAUUUUACUGGAGCUACAUCGUCUUGCUUCUUUCGUCAAUCGUAUUCGAAACUGUUAUCCUUUCCUUGACUGUUUCUGACGAUUGCUCAAAAUUGGAUGACUGUUCAGACGAAGUCCGUACAGUGGUUGCGUUCACUAUAACUGCUACUCUUUGGUGGCUGCUUCAGUUGCAUUUCAAUUUGGUUGUGUGGAGCUAUUACAAGCAACUCGCUUCUCAACAAGAAUAUCAAGAAAUUCCCGACAAUGCAUGA